AAGAGAGAGAGAGAGAGAGAAGAAAAAAGAUAACAGCAAAGUGAGAGCGAGAGAGAAGAAAAAGAACAAGUGACUGAGAGAGCAAAAGAGAGAGAUGACGACCACAGUGAUAUUUUUAAUCUGACCACAGAAGCUGUUGACUGCCACCACCACUGCUUCCGUGAUGACAGCUCAUCUAGCACUUCAAGCGCUCAGUUCCUCAAGCCUGAGGCCAGUUCUCAGCCAACAGGCGCUACGACAAAAGAAGAAAAGACUGUGCGAGACAGUGACAGGAGGAGGAGAAGGGGAAAGAACUAAUUGAGGGGAAAGGAAAUCCAAAAGAGAAAGAGAAAGAGAGUAAGAGAGAGAGAGAGGAAAAGAGAGAGUAAGAGAGAGAGAGAGAGAGAGAGAGAGAGAGAGAGAGAGAGAGAGAGAGAGAGAGAGAAGCAGGUAGGCAGGUAGGCGAACUGUCUCCAGGCAGCAAGCCUACCUUAACACCAUCCUCUGGGACAUGACAGAGGUCACUGGUGGGACAUAUAAACCAUGAACCAGCAAGCUCAUCUUCUGAGGGGCUUUCUGGCUCAGUUUGCCAGCAAGGAGGCAGUGGACGGGGAUGAGGACAGUGGCUUUGAGGCUGAAUUCUUGAAACUAAAGAGGCAGUCCACCAAAUACCGAACAGACAAGACCUACCCCACCAAGGCUGCCGAGAAGCAGGACAACGUGAAGAAGAACAGAUACAAGGACAUCGUUCCAUUUGACCACACCAGAGUGAAGCUCUCUCUAAGCACAUCCAAAAAUGACACCGAUUACAUCAAUGCAAACUUCAUUAAGGGCGUUUUUGGGCCAAGGGCCUACAUCGCAACACAGGGACCACUGCCAAACACUGUCUUGGACUUCUGGAGGAUGCUUUGGGAGUACAAUGUGCAGAUCGUUGUAAUGGCUUGCAGGGAGUUUGAAAUGGGAAGGAAAAAGUGUGAGCGCUACUGGCCUGAGACUAAGGUGGAUGCAUUUGUGUGUGAACCAUUCACUGUACGCUGUGAAUCAGAAGAGAAUAAGGGAGACUAUGUGACAAGGAUCCUGAGGGUGACCUUUAAUAAAUCAUCUCGGACCCUGAGGCAGCUGCACUACAUGAACUGGCCUGACCACGGCGUGCCUGACUCUAUCCCAUCCAUCCUGGAGCUGUUGCAGGAAAUGCGUAUGCACCAGGAACAUGAUGAUAUACCUAUCUGCAUCCACUGCAGUGCCGGCUGUGGAAGGACAGGAGCCCUCUGUGCCAUUGACUACACUUGGAACCUAUUGAAAAGACAAAUAAUACCGGAGAACUUCAGCAUCUUCAACAUGGUUCAAGAAAUGAGGACACAGAGGCCUUCUGUAGUUCAAACUAAGGAGCAGUAUGAACUGGUGUACAGAGCAGUUAAAUUCCUGUUUGAGAAGUAUCUGCAGAUGAUGGAGCCAAACACAAACCAAGAUAAGGUUCCGUCAGCACCAUCACCCAUCCCUGAAGACAGUGAUAGUGACCUGUCAGACCCGGAGCCAGUGAUAGAGACCUGUCUGGACCCGGAACCAAAGCUUGGUGCAAUGUACUACAGCCUGCAGCUAGGCUCUGAGCCCAGGUAUCGCAUACAGGAUCUGUCCAACCAUGUCGUGCCAAAUGUCAUCUCACAGCAGCUGUCCUAUUCACCUCCACUUAGCCCACAGGUCCUCACCCCUAAUGCAGUGGCGGGCUGGGCUGUGUCUACAACAGCCCCAGUGUCCACCAACUCAACUUCAAUGCGGCAAACAGAUUUUGGACACUAUGUGUCCGAAAUACCUGAACCUGUAAUGAGGCACCGAGCUGAUGCUAUGAGUGCCAGUGUUCCCAUCAAACCACCACGGCCAAAGGAGUCGAGCCUUAGUCAGAGACCUUUGGACCAGCCAGUUUUGAACAAUGUCUCCCAUUCUGCAGCACCACACCAACAACCACCAAUACAAAAACCAGUGCCAAGCCAGAGGCUUCUGGAGCAAACAGUGAUGAACAAUUCUGUAGCACCACACCAACCACCACCCAUACAGCAGCCUAACCCAGCCCAGAGGUCUCUGGAGCAAACAGUGAUGACCAGUGCUGUAGCACCACAGCAAUCACCACCAGUACAGAAACCCAUGCCAAGCCAGAAGCCUCUGGAGCAAACAGUGACAAGCAAUGCUGUAGCACCACACCAACCACCACCCAUACAGCAGCCAAACCCAAGCCAGAGGUCUCUGGAGCAAACAGUGAUGACCAGUACUGUAGCACCACAGCAACCACCACCAGUACAGAAACCUGUGCCAAGCCAGGGGCUUCUGGAACUAACAGUGAUGAGCAAUGCUGUAGCACCACACCAACCACCACCCAUACAGCAACCAAACCUAAGCCAGAGCUCUCCGGAGCAGGCAAGGAUGAGCAAUGUUUCUCCUGCCAUAGGUCAACUCCAGCCUCCUGAGAUAAAAUCCCUCUGUCUUACUGUGGAGGAUCCAUAUUUCGGCCCAGACUCUCCAGUAUCCGUGGACAGUUUCUGUUCUUCAUCGGAUGACAUAACAGCCGUGGAUAAGUCUCAAAAGUGGUCUCAAAAUCCCUGUUUCAGUGGCCCUGUUUUGACUCUUAAUGACCAGCCUCUUGAACCACCAGCACUGGAGGAAAAUACAGGUAUGACUUCACCAUCAUCUGAUAGAGACUGUCCUCCUCCUCUACCAGAGAGAACCCCAGAAUCCUACAUUCUGGCUGAUGAAGUCACAGAUAACACUUCGGUUAGCCAGAAUUUGGUGUUGAUCAUCCCGCCUGAAACUGCCUCUGAGACAGUGAAUGGAGGAAGCCCACCCUCUCCAGCGCCCCCUCUGCCUGAGAGAACGCCAGAGUCCUAUGAAUUGGCUACCGAUGAAGAUUUAGUGCAGAAUGCAGUACAAGAGAAGCCCCAGCAAACUGUGCUCCGAGUUGGGAAGUCCUCUGAAUGGUCUGGGAAUUCAAACUCAGACUCAGACAUUAUGAGAACCUGGUCCAGGAGCAAGAGUUUAAGAGCUAGAUUGACAGUGUCACUUCAUGUUCCAGCUCACAUUCAACCUCUCGCUCCUCUUGAAAGACCUUCAGAAGUUUUGACUCAGGAUCCUCCACCAUGUCUCACUCCUCCUCUGCCUGCACGGCCUUCAGAGUCAUGUGGUGCGAGUCCGGCGUCCCUCACCCCUCCACUCCCUAAGAGAACCCCAGAGUCCUUCAUCCUGGACACACAGGAAGAGCAGAGCAACAACGCCCCCUGUCAGUCAUCUGAUAUGCUGCACCAAAGGCAGCGGCUAGGCACCUCGUCUGAGUGGGCAGGGAACACCCAGACCAGGACGUUCCUAGACGUCAUGAGCAGAAGCAAAAGUGUUAAAGUGAGAAGUUCAAAAAAAGAGUCUUCAUCUCUAGCUCCUCUGUCCACUGCCGCCGCCACAACCACGGUUACAGCACAGAGAGUGUGUUGGUCCAGCAGGAGAGCAGCAGCCAGUGGACGGGCAGACUUUCUGUCCCCGCCAGACCAGUGGCGAACCAACCAGACGCAGCUACUGAGAGGACAUCACUGGCCAAAAAAUCCAGGACAAAGGUUUAUCUCUUACACUUUUUUAGUUAUUAACUGUGGUAUUGGUCUGAACUCAGAACAGCUCAAUUCACAUGUGAUCCUUUAUGAAAUGACCCAGUGCAUCAUGUUUGAAUUCAUUUCAGUUAUACGAUUCAGAAUAAUUCAUAAAAAUACACUGAAGGGAGUACAUAUUAGUGGAAUAUAAAUAAUAUACCAAUAAGCUUUUUUGUUAUGUUUGAAAAUACUCAAGAUAUGAUGAAAUGAGUGCAUACUUACUGUAUAAUACUUGUAAAACAAUCAGCUCUAAUUGAUUCUAACCUUCAGAAUCAAUGCAGCUGAAUCCACUGCUUUCAGAUUGAUGCCUUUUUCCACUCUCAAAAGUUUCUGUUUGUUACCUAUUGGUACGUGUGGGGAAAAUAUAGUCAUUAGUGUCUUGCACACUAGAUACACACCACCUAUAUUAUGCGAUUAUACUACAGUGUAUAUGACUUCAUCAGACUCUUUUUCUGUUCAUGCAGAGUUUGAGGUUUUUGAAAGGAAGAAAAAGUGAGUAUUGUGGCAACGAUUCACAUGACAAUCACUGUUUUUUAAAAACAAAAUGUUAAGAUGUCUAUAAUGUGAGAGAAAUUUUGUAUUCUUUAAACACUGCAGCACUGUCCUUACUUAUGAAGCACACUGUUCGUCUUUAAUUUCACUGAAAAGAUAUUCUUCACGCCUGUGGCACCUAAAUCUCUUUUUCUCCAAGUGCCACUGCCUUUUAUGACCAUUGUCCAUUUUUGCAAUUAGCUUUUAACUGUUAGCUACAUACGUGUGGUUAAACCUGUGUGUUAGUGACGAUUGUGCCAUAGAUUUUUAAAAAGCGUAUAGUAUGAGUAUGUUUUGUUUAAAAAAGUAUUUGAAAAAUCUUAAAAGGGAAAUGUUUCCUCUCUUCUUGAAUGAGGGGAUUUUGGCAACCUUCUGGUGGGCCAAACCAAAUGUCCUCACUUUGGGCAGCCCUGUUCUUGGUUAUAUAUUAUUAUUACUAUUAUGCUUGCAGCAAAGGCAGCUCCACCUUCUGCUGCUCCUGCUGCUCCACCCAGUGCUGCUAUUGGAGGAUUCAAAUUUGGCUUUGGGACACGCUUUGGGAAGCCCAAAGGGCCAAGAACCCAUCCGGAGACGUGGGUGUAAGAACGAGCUGGGACAGGAAGUGCCUCAUAGCGUUUGGGGAGGGCUCCUGAGCACAGCUGCUUCCAUCAGCCUUUCAGACAGUGCAACGCCAGCAGCGAAGAGUCUUCAGUUAGGCCUUGAAGACCAACCAGCCUAAAGAAGCUAUUCUGCCUUGCAGAACACAGCGUGUAAUGUGGUUACAGGCUGCACAACAUGGACAAAAUAAUACCAUAAGGGGGGGGGGUACAUAUAGAAUCUAGAUGACUCCAAUGUGCAUCAUUUUAACAUAAAUAAAUACAGUUUUGUCUUUGUUUAUAUUUUUUUGGCAACAACUGUUGAUAUCCUGUUUUAUCUAUGUGGAAAUGUACACAUUUGAAUCAAGUGAAUGUAAGGCAUCAUGUCUUUGAGUACAUAUUGCAGUGUGCACUAGUGAAUCCUUGUGAUUCAGGACUGGCCACUGUUAUUUCAGAGCAAAAUGAUUUGUUUAUUGGAUCAACUGAAACGGAGCUAGAUUAACAGUGAUUAGUCAGGAUGCUCACAGCACAUAAUAAUAAAAAUGCGGGAUUUGUUAGAAGGCUAAGUUCCAUAUUACAGCCUUCUGUUUUAUCGGUAUUGCAAAGGCCGAUAUCACUGUAAUGAUGAAUUGCGCAGCCCUAGUUUGCUACUGAUUGGGUCUAUUUUGAUCUGAUUAGGAUCAGCCUAUAUUAUGUGAAGGACUGCCACACUGCUGUUUUUGCAUAUUUGGUACAGCUUUCUCAUAAAACUGAAAGUAAAACAAAUUGCACAACUAUUUCUCUAUGCCUGUUACAUGCUUAGCAGACUACCUGUUUGUUGUAUAUAUGAGCCAAAGCUCAAAAAGCUCCAGUGGACUUCUGUAUGACAACUAUGCACAAAAUAUUUUGUAUUGUAUUUAGAAGACAGAUGAAAAUGUACUUUUGUUUUACCCCGUUUUCUCAUGUGUAAUGAAACACUGUUGUAAUUUGGUGAACCUGGCUUUGUUUGUGAAGCACAGGUGUGGCGCAAUCACCAAAGCGAGUGCCUGGAACAAAUGGAAGCACGUUAGCGGUGACAGAGUAAUAGUUUUUGUCAUUUGGGACAAACUCUGCGAGGACCGCUUUGCUCUCUAUUAGACCUGCGUAAUAAACCACAGGCAACAUGAACAACUUUCUCAUUCUGAGGCUAACAGAAAAGCACAAUCUGUGUCAGCAUCCUUGUUCAUUUUGUUUCGUUAUAAAAUGAAAACAUUCGAUGGCAUGAUGGACGUACAUUAGAGAGCACAUAAUGAGCGAACAGAAAGGGGUAAUAUGCUGUUAGGACACAGGCUGAACCACCAGAGACAUUUCUCCCACCCCUUAACGAGGAACCCAGCAAAGGAUAUGUAGUUGUAGGGAGUCGUUUCUUACACUGGAGAGCCUUUGGUACCAAAUCAUUGUCUACACCACAAAGAUGUUUUAUUUAAAACACACACACACACUUUUUUUUUUUUUGAGUGGACUGUACUGUCAAACUUGUGCUUUUUUGGACUUUGUAAUGUAUUUAUGCGCUGCUGAAAUGUUCAAACUGGUGUCCUUUUCAGAAAAAUAAAACUUUGGUACACUCAUAAAAUGAUUUAUUUUAAAAAAAUACAGAAAAAGUCUAUGCAUUCCAUUGUAUGUUUUUAUACACAUGAUUAAGAGUAUCCACAUAACCGUUCUAUUAAAUGUCACUGAUUAUUUACAAAA